AUGGACGAGAUGCGCGUCUGAUAGGUAUCGGUCUUUGAGUUGGACUUAUAGUCAUCAACGGGCUCCAUAGAAACACUGCGAGCGGAAACGCCCGAGGAGUUCUAUGCACCGAAACGGGCGGAUGAUGACGUCCAACUCAAUGGGACACCAACCGAUGUGAACGCAGCUGGCGCUGUCAUGGCGGGAAAGGGAGCAACUGGAGCCGGAGGAGCUGGAGCUGGAGGUGACCACAAGCAACGGCAACUGAAGAAGCUGCGAUUCAAGCGGGAGAUGCAUGCCCUGGCCCUGGAGGGCGGCGAUGUGGCCCGGGGCUACUGCUCCUGCGACGAGCAGUGGACGAACUCCUCCUCGCCAACGUCCACAACGACAUCGGCAACCAUGUCGCCGACACUGCCAGCGACCGGAAGUAGCAACGGGCGCUACGCAACCGGAAACGAAGGCGGCAGCGGGAUCGUAAAAAUGGCGGCAACGCCGUCAGCGACGGUGGCGGGGAAGCGGGGCGGAAGGCUCAAGCAGCAGCACCAUGUACGCUUCUCCGAUGAGAAGAACUUCUCGGAUUGAGGAUAAAACCAACUACUAGACUGCACCUAAUCUCUGUUUAGUCAUAGGCUAAUUCCCCCAACAGGAAAAAAUGGGGAAAUCAAAGAAAUCAUCAGAAAACCAAAAACAAGUUGCAUUAAAUUCCGUAGAUAAACGUAAACGAUAAGGAAACCUGUACAUAUAGCUCGAGAAUGUUAGUUAAAUAUCCGUGUUUAGUUGCUUGAUAGAUCUGUUGUGAACUAUAUAUACGCAUAUAUAUAAAUAUAUAUGGUUAUAAUCAAGCUAACGAUACAUACAAUUCGUUAGUUAAGUGUAGCACAAAUCCAUUUUUUCCACUCAUCAACAAAUUGAAGGCAAACAAACAUUUGAUGGAAUUUGUUGGUAAACGAUAAUUCUGUUAGCGGCCGUGUAAAUACUCUAGUCAAAAUAAACAUAAAAUGUGGUAAAAUUUACUUAAAGUAAAUUUAUGAA